AAGUUUCUGACAUUCAAAUUGUAAUCAUGAUCUAGAAAAAUUUUACACCUUAACAGACUUUGUACAAAAUUUCUCUCUUUCGGCCCAUUUGAUUUAAAAUUCUUUCAAAAUUCGUCAAUACGUCGGAACCGCCUUUCGGAGGGCAACCAUUCGUGUUGUCCCCCAACUUCAAAAUCCUUUAUCAAACACAAGUUGUCGUCCCUAUGGACAAAAGAAGAAGUGUCUCCAGGGAGGAGCCGAGGCCGAAAAGUUCAAGAAGGAUUCCGGGCCUUAUGUCUCUCGGCUGGACUACUUGUCCCGAUUACAGUUUGAUACACCCGCCCUGAGAAAGAACCUUACUGGGAUCAUCUGCACCAUUGGUCCCUCUUCUGACAAGCCGGAACUUUUGCUGAAACUCAUCAAGGCGGGAAUGCGGGUGGUGCGUUUGAAUUUUUCGCAUGGAUCCCACGAACUUCACUGCAGAGUCAUUCAGGCGGCGCGCAAGGCGAUAGAGAUGUAUCAGCAGGAGACGGGCAUUCCAUUGACAGUGGCCAUAGCCCUUGAUACUAGCGGUCCAGAGAUCCGAACAGGACAACUGUCCGAUGGCAGUCCCACCUCUGUGGUCCGCCUGAAAAGGGGUGAUAAGAUUAUUCUCACUACGAACAAAUCUGUGGAGAAUCAGUGUACCAAGGAGAAGAUCUAUGUGGACUACGCCAGGCUUCCGGUCGAUGUCCAGGUUGGGAAACGCAUCUUUAUUGAUGAUGGCUUGAUUGGUCUGCACGUUGAUAAAACGUCUAACGAGGAGCUCUUCUGCACCGUGCUGAACGACGGCAAGUUAGGCUCCCGGAAGGGCGUUAACCUUCCGGGAUCUGAAGUGGACUUGCCAGCAGUUACCGAGAGGGACAAAAGAGACCUUAAGUUCGGUGUGGAGCAAAAGGUUGACAUGAUCUUUGCGUCGUUCAUCCGCGAUGCUAAUGCCGUUGCCGAGAUCCGUCAGGCUCUUGGGCCGGGCGGUGAAGGCAUAAAGAUCAUCUGCAAGAUCGAAAGCCAGGAGGGAGUGAAAAACAUAGACGGCAUCAUCAAGGCCUCCGAUGGCAUUAUGGUGGCCCGCGGGGACAUGGGCAUCGAGCUGUUCUCAGAGGAUGUGCCUCUCGCCCAGAAAGCAAUCAUCGCCAAGUGCAAUAAGGCCGGUAAGCCGGUAAUUUGUGCCACCCAAAUGCUGGAAUCCAUGGUAUCGAAUCCUCGCCCCACCCGGGCUGAGGCAUCGGACGUCGCUAACGCUAUCUUCGAUGGUGCUGAUGCGGUAAUGUUAUCCUCCGAGACGGCAAAAGGAAAGUAUCCGGUGGAUGCCGUCCGAAGCAUGGUCAGGAUCUGCGCUAAAUCAGAGGCGGCGCUGUGGUACGAGAGCAUGCAGGACGACCUGAAAAAUGUGAUCCGGUCGACUGCGGCGGAUCAGAUUUCGGCGGUGACCACGGCGAUUGCGGAGGCUGCCAUGGUGAGCCAGGCGAAGGUCAUCGUCGUAGCGUGUCCCUGCGCCAUGGUGGGCCAGAUGAUCAGCCAGAUGCGACCGAUGUGUCCCAUUGUGAUGCUAACCGGCUCUCACACAGAAGGCUCCACGUCGAUGAUCUAUCGAGGCGUCUAUCCGUUGUUGAUCGAAGAAAUGGCUUUGGGUUGCAUGGAUUUCCGCCGCAUCGUGCGCACGGGCCUUAAUAUAAUGGCCAGGAUGGAGAUUCUGGAGGCAGGGACGACUGCUUGCGUUGUGCUGGUGAACGCCAUGUUGGCGAAUAACAUCAGUUUCCGGCUGUUCACGAUAAAGCAGCCGUCCCAAAAGGAGAUGGAGCAGAAAGAGCGUUGCCGAAAGCUGGCCCUGAAGAAGAAGUGCAAGAGCAAAGCCCCAUGUAAGCAUUUCAAGGACAAGGAUAAUAAAACCGAAAAGAAUUGCAAAUCUUCAGAAGCAGAUAAUUGCAAAAAGCUCCUUGAGCAGCAGAAAGAAAACGCUCAAGCAAAGAAGUGCCAAGUUUUGAGCCAACUUGAAAAAUGCAAUCAGUUAUCUCAAAAGGAUACGUGCAAGCCGCCGGAAGUCAAAACUGAUAGUUGCCAGGAGGAUAAAUGUGUAUCGCAGGAAGCUUUAGCGGAAAAGAAGAAGCAGCAGGAGAGGGAAAUGAAGUUAAUUGAAGAGGCCAUUGCCAAAUUGGAGGCAGCCGAAAAAGCCAAGCAAUGUGAGCAGGCAAAACAGGAUCAAAUAGAUCUGGAAAAUUGCAGAAAAAUAGCUGAGGAGGAGGCCAAAAAGGAACAGGAAAGAAAAUGUAAGCAGAUGGAAAAGAAAAGAAAACGAGCUGAGAUGGCUAAGAAAUGGAAACGGCUUUCGGCCAAAAGAAAAAAAAAGCGAGAGGCUGAGCUUUGCAAGCAGAUGUCGCAGGACUCAGAUAAAAAGGAAGCUGAAGCGGUCGACAAGAUCAUGGACGCUGUGUGCAAGAAACUGGCCGAAAUGAGAAAGAAUCCAAACAACAACAACCAAAACAAAAAAUAGAUAUUACUGUCAUUUUAUUCGUGUUAAUUCUAGAUAGCAAUAAUUCUAGGAUACCAAAACUGGCGUGCAUUACAUCGUAUUUCUAAAAAGGGUUUUCCGAAUAAUAUUUUUGAAGGAUUUGGUUUUAAUUUUUUUAUAUUAUGAGUAAUGAAAAAUCUACCAAAUACAAAUUUCUGGUACUUA